AUGAUAUGCAGUGCAUUCUUGAACUUGUUUCUCAUUCACUGGCACAGGUUCACGGAUUGUACAGUAGGAUACGAUGAAGAUCGCUCUUUGAUUUUCCUUGACAACUCACCAGGCAACAAAAUAGAAACGACGAUGGUCAGGGACUUCGUGCAAGACGUUCUAGAUGAUGGUCCAUCAGCGUUUGGUCUGAAGCAUGGAACGCCACAUCAUCUCACGAACGAGCUGCUAUCUCUCACUUUCGGGCGACGUGGGGGAGAUACCAAAAACGACUUCGGUUGUUGGAACGAUGGCGAGCAAGAAAUCAUUCAGCAGCUCGAGGAGCUUUCCAAGCAAACGAAGACAAGAGACAGGCGGAAAGGAAUCAGGAUCGAGCAUGAGACUGCCACGACGUACAUCAAGUUUCACAAGUCGCCUGUGAAGGAGGGCAGGAAGGAAUCGAAAUCAAGUUCACUGAAUCCCCCACAAGGAGGGUCAAAGAUCGAGACCUCCUAUGCCCCCAACGACGGCAGGUUGAAACCGGUCGACAUGGCGGAUCAGUUCAUGAUUGUUGGGAUGGAUCAUAACUCGAGGAAGCAUUCCAACUUCUUUGCCUCCCGUCCCCGGAGAGAUUCUCCGUUCAAGGUUGCUCUCCCUGCGCUGAUCCAAUCCUUUCUGACUGACGAUCUCUUACCUAAGGUCGUCGAGCUUGUGAACAGGUCUUUUCCUCUGCCCGACAGGAGGCAAGAGAAUGAUAUCCCGAGGAACAGCGACACGACUCUGAUCAUCACAAACUUCAUGUCCAGCAAGGACGAUCUGGCUGCACAUCGCCGAGAGUUUGCAGGCCGAUUGGAGGAGCACAGACACAAGUUGGUCUCGCCACGGAAGGAAGAAGUCAAGGACGAUGAGCACAAGGACUUGCUGGCUGCCCUCUCAGUCAACCUGCUGCACGGAGGCAGCCGGGGGAGGGGAGCAAGGGCCGGGGGCUCCGUCACUCAUUGCGACAAGACGGAGUCAGUGUCGAGCAACUCUAGCGCUGGGAGGUCGAACUGCAGCAAGGCCUCGUCGUCGCACAGUGACCCUGUCAGCCACGAGCAUCUACUCAACAUCCUCGACGUCCAAAGGCUGGCGGCUCUGCGACAAGAAUCUUUCUCAAGGGAUCAGGUUCAGCAGGUUAGAAUACACAGGGAGGAGGAUAGCGACAGCGAACAUUCUAAGCACAUGGGAGCUAUAAAUCAGAACCUCUUUCCGCCAGUCAGAAACAAUCGACUAGGAAUGAGGAAGAAGCGUGCAAGUUUGAAAUCGCAAGUAAGCAUGUCCCCCAACUAUGACUCCCUCCCUUCCAUCAUCGUGUCCUUCAGCCCGAAACGAACGAAUGCAAGGCUGCGACUUGACAAGCUUGACCGGGGAGCGAUCUCAGAGAGCGAUUUGGAGUACGCGACGCCCAGCCAGUAUGCUGGCAAGGAGGCACAAGGAUGUGAGAAGGAGCGAGGAAGAGCUCUGGAGCCUCUCGCCGUCGGACGAGUAGAACUUGGUUGCAUUGUCGCCUGA